CCUAUCAUCAGCAAUGAGUGAUUCUGCUGUCCAGACACACUCUUUCAACCUUUUUUCCUGGGCAUGGAGUCCUGUGGCAUCCAUGAAACCACCUUCAACUCCAUCAUUAAGUGUGAUGUGGAUACUUUCAAGGAUUUUUACGUUAAUACAGUGCUAUCUGGUGGUACCACCAUGUAUCAAGGCAUUGCUGAUAGGAUGCAGAAGGAUAUCACAACUUUAGUACUCAGCACAAUGAAGAUUAAGAUCAUUGCUCCCCCUGAGCACAACUACUCAGUCUGGAUUGGUGGCUCCAUCUUGGCCUCAUUAUACACCUUCCAGCAUAUGUGGAUCAGCAUACAGGAGUGUGAGAAGUCAGGCCUCUCCAUCAUCCACUGCAAAUGCUUCUAG